GUGAAUUAUCUGAAAAUAAGUCUCUCACGCUCUUGGCAGAAGACAAGCUGAGAGAAAAAAAAUAUUUUGACAGUAAGUGCCAGUGUGUAGCGCCUUGAUCCUUGUAGAGAAUAGUGACAGACCAGAGCACUCGAAUGCUAUCUGCUGCUGGAUUUGCUAGUUUAAAUUCUCUUCAUUCGCAGUCUCAUGUGGACAGCCUCCUGUGUUCUCUUCGGCGACACAACCUAGGAGAAAACUGACUACGGAAAAGAAGUUGGUCAAGCAUACGAUUACAAAUGGAGAGGGUGUUGGCCUGCGUGUUGGUGGUGGCCUUGGCGGGAAGCGCUUCGGGGGACUUGUCGCCACCGGAGAAAUCGUACAAAAUUCUCAUGCUGCUGCCAGUGUCCUCCAAGAGUCACAACCGAGUUUUCCAACCCUUAGCCGAGGGUCUGGCUAAUCGUGGCCACAAAGUUGUGAUGCUCACUAACAUCCCUGUUGCGUCCAAACAUCCAAACAUUUCGGAGGUCAACCACGGCCUGUCUUACUUUGAGGAUGCCAAGCGCAAUAUGUUCGAAGUCAGAAAAAAUGAAAACUUUGAUGGACUGAAAAAGACGAUACUUUCCUUCGCCAAAAAUCUAUACAAGGUGCAGGCAGUGAUGGAAUUAUAUAAAAGAAGGAAGGAAUUCGAUCUCAUUGUGGUGAACUACAAGUUCAAUGAGAUGGUGUACCCUUUUGUACACGAAGUGCCCUUCAUCACUAUUGCUACGCCCGGGAUCGACCCUCACCAGAGUGCCAUUCUGGGAAAUAUCCUUAGUCCGUCUUACGUGCCUGAAAUCAUGUUCGUGCCAAGAUCCUUCCCGAUGUCUGCUUAUGAUCGCUUCAAAAGUAUCCUUUGGCUCCUUGUUUCAGGGUUCACGUGGAGGCAUUGGGAUGUUGUACCUUUGAUUCAGAAAGAGAUCUCAACCCAGUUCCCUAACCUGCCGCCCCUACUGGAGAUCGAGAGGAAUCAGAGUCUGACACUGAUGAACACUCACUUCAGCAUUGCUACUGUGGUACCCCUCCUACCUUCACAGGUGCAAGUGGGUGCCAUGCACUGCCGCCAUGGCAAGCCUCUGGCGCAAGACCUGGAGUCGUGGCUCGCCGGGGCAGGAACUGCAGGCGUCAUCUAUUUCAGUCUGGGUUCCGUCACCCGCGGUGAAUCGAUGCCACCAAAUUACCGUCAAACAUUCUUGGAGGCUUUCCGCAGAUUGCCACAGCGAAUCCUGUGGAAGUACGAGGGACAACUAGAAGGUGCGCCCGAUAACGUCAAGAUUAGCAGUUGGCUCCCUCAGCAAGAUAUCCUCGCUCAUCACAACGUCAAGGUGUUCAUCUCCCAUGGCGGCCUCCUCAGCCUUCAGGAGUCCAUCUUUCACGCCACACCUCUCCUUGUUCUACCUAUCUUCGGUGACCAGCCCAGGAACGGCAAGUUCGUUGAAAACUCGGAAAUUGGCCACUUGUUGGUGUGGGAGGAACUUACUGCUGACAGGAUCGUUGCCGCCCUCACUGACAUCGUAUGCAACCCAAAGUUCAAAGAAAACGUAAACAGGGUAUCGGCAUCCUUAAGGGAUCAGCCCACGACACCACAGGAACAAGCCGUGUACUGGACAGAGUACGUGAUCCGCCACCGAGGGGCGUUACAACUAAGGAGCCCCGCUACCCAGCUCUCCUGGGUGGAGUUCCUGAUGCUGGACAUAGUAUGCUACCUGCUGCUGGCUUCACUGAUGUUGAUUCUUGUCAUUCACCGAAUGAUGUGGACAGGCUCCUCUGUUCUCUUCGGCGACAGAGCCAAGAAGAAAACCGACUAGGGAAAAGGAUGAAAGGACUCAAGCGAAAAUAUGGCUUUAUUUUCAGUAAACACUGUUGUUAUAAGAUAGUUAGGUUGUGACGUUACAAGUGAUAGAACAGUUGCUUUUCAUAGCAUUGCUUCAUUCAUCAAAAGCAGGUCAUCCCACCACUAUUUUUUGUACUCUUU